CACGACAGUCGUGACAGAAAAUUGAGUCAGUUCCGCAAGCAGACCGCGAAAGGAGUCGUGUCUCUGUUCCGUUUGGAAUUACAAAGUAACUUCUUAUAUGAUGGCGUCCGCGAAGAGAAAGCAAGACGAGAAGAAUUUGAAAAUAUUACGCGAGCUGGUCUCGCAACCCGGUAACAAAGAAUGUUUCGACUGCCAUCAACGAGGCCCGACUUACGUCAACAUGACAAUCGGUUCAUUUGUCUGUACCUCUUGUUCUGGUAUGCUGCGGGGCUUGACACCACCACAUAGAGUAAAGUCUAUUUCUAUGGCGACAUUUACACAAGAGGAAAUAGAUUUUAUAAGAGAACGUGGUAACGAAUACUGCAGAAGAAUAUGGUUAGGCUUGAUGAAUCCAAAUUCCUCUCAAACUUUAGACACAAAAGACGAACAAAAAAUGAAAGAUUUAAUGAGUGCAAAAUAUGAACUUAAGAGAUACUACUUGGAUCCGUCCAUGGCAAAUCAAAAAUCACAAUUGCCAAAUCAAUCAAACAUUCCAAGGGUUCCACAUUCUGGGACGUCCACUUUAUCUCCUAUACCAAUGCAGAAAACAAAUAAUUCCGAGUCGGUUAACUCCAAUAACUUUUCGACAGAUUUUGUAGCUGAUUUCAGCAAAGUUCCUGAUCCAUUUAUUACUACUACAACACCUGCAAACAAACUCAGUCAACCUAUUGUACCUCAGCCAUUUUUCGCUAACUUUGACAACAAUCCUAUUUUUAAUAGUCCAAAAAAUGCAAAUAUCGAAUCGUCAAGUCCAUUUAAUCAGACUACAGGAAAUUCUCUGAGUACAACAAACGCAAACGGAGCGUAUAUGCCACCAUCGGAAGAUCGUUACGCGGCACUGAAAGACUUAGAUUCAUUAAUGAAACAAACCCAACUGAAAGAUGAUAGUGGUACAACAACAAACACGCCUACAUGGAACGCUAAUAAUGCUACAAAUUCAAUCUGGAAUGUAGGAAAUCAAACUACGCAUGUAAUCUCGAAUCCUUUUGCGAGUGGUGAUCUAUGGCGACCAUCAGCCAACGUAGUCAAUAAUAAUAAUUCUCAGUCAAUUGAUACCUCCCUAUGUAAUCCUAUUAAUCCAUUUAAGCCAGUACAAUUUCCUAUGAACAAUGAUCCCCAAUGGGUAGGUAUCGGACCGUCGACGCUGGACCUGUCAGGUAACAGAGAUGUAAUUCAGUUUAGUCAAUUAAUGACGAACAAAGUGUGGCAACCCACUCUUCCAGCAUAUCAUGCAAAUCCUUUUAUGGUUGGUUCUGGUGUGAGCAACAUGACAAGAAAUUCGAACAAUCCUUUCUUAUGAUUAAGUAAGCAUAAGCUUUUAAUGGAGUUACGAACAAAUAAUGCAGACCUAAAAUAUGUUUAGAUUAGGACAAUUGUUUAUAUACGUGACCUUAUUGGCAAUUAGUGCCAUUAACUUUUAUCCCCAGGAGCACCAAUCUCUUAUUCAUAUAACUAAAUAAUACUUUUAUUUAUGAAUAUAAUAUACACGUUAAAUAAAGAUUAAUAUUUGUUACCAACUA